AUUUAAUUGUUUAUUAUUAUUAUUUUUGAUUGGAAUACGAAAUUUGAACACUGAAGUUGGAAAAGAACAUAAUACCAAAUCAUAUUGAAUUACCAGAAAAUUUAUAUUCACAUGAGCAUGAGAUGUGGUAGGAAUGGGUUGGUAAUGGUUGGGCCAACGGCAUGGGCUGGCAUUAAUUUGCAUCGACCUUGCCAUCGGCAUUCUAAACUCGAGCAAAGCACCAAAAGCCGAAAUGCAAAUCGCUAUUUGCUGUUCUGUCGAUUCAUAUGAAUACUCUUCUCGUCUCCUCUCCUCUCUUCUCCAGCCCUGUUCACUUCAGCCAUGGCCACACAACGACUAUCCUCGCCCACCCUCCCAUGGACCACCAAGUUAGUCUCCUCCGUCCUCUCCGCCAUCACCGACGCCUCUCUCCGUCCCAACGGCACCCUCAAUCGCCGCCUCGUCAACUUCCUCGACUUCAAGUCUCCCGCUAAUCCCUCCCCCGUCAAUGGCGUCUCCACCUCCGAUGUUACCGUUGACGCCGCCCGCAAGCUCUGGUUCCGGAUCUUCGUCCCCACCGUCGACGCCCCGCUCCCCGUCAUCCUCUUCUUCCACGGCGGCGGGUUCGCCUUCCUCAGCGCUGAUUCCAAGGCCUACGACGCCGUCUGCCGCCGCUUCGCCCGCAAAAUCCCCGCCGUCGUCGUCUCUGUUAACUACCGCCUCGCUCCCGAGCACCGGUUCCCCUCCCAGUACGACGACGGAUUCGACGUCCUGAAAUUCCUCGACGAGUGGGGGCGACUGCCGGAGAAUGCGGAUCCGGCGAGGUGCUUCGUCGCCGGGGACAGCGCCGGGGCCAACCUGUCUCACCACGUCGCGCUCAGAGCGUGCGCCACGAAGUUCCGGAGGGUGAAAGUGGUGGGGGUGGUGGCGAUUCAGCCGUUCUUCGGGGGAGAGGAGCGAACCGGAUCUGAGAUCCGGCUUCCGAGAGCUCCGAUAGUGUCGGUGAAGCGGACAGAUUGGAUGUGGAAGGUGUUUCUGCCGGAGGGAUCUGAUCGAGACCACGCGGCGGCGAACGUGUGCGGGCCGAAUUCCCCGGACAUAUCGCGAAUGGAGUAUCCGGCGACGCUGGUGUUCGUGGGGGGUAUGGAUCCGUUGCAGGACUGGCAGAGAAGGUACUACGAUUGGGUGAAGAGAUCCGGAAAGGAAGCGUACCUGAUUGAGUACCCAAACGCGAUUCACGCUUUCUACGUGUUUCCUCAACUGCCGGAAGCUUCCUUGUUAAUGGCGGAAGUGAAGGAUUUCGUUCACAAACAGUCUUCUGCUGCCGCCGGAGCCGGCUCUGCGCCGGCGGUUACCAAAUAGCCGCUUGCAAAAUGCCACACUUACACGCACACUAAAGGUAUGGUUGAAUGUGCGCGAAUUGCAGGGCAGCAGCAAUGGUAUCGAGGAUUGCUCGCUUUGCUUAAUUUAAAUCUAAAGCUUUGUGGUUCAAGAUUGAGAUUAGAACUCCUUAAUCAAAUCUUAAUAUUUGAUCGAAAAAAAAAAUACAAACAAA